AUCGAGAGCUUGGGCGCGGCCAUUAUUAGAAGGCUUGUCAAAUUUAAGCUAGCCCCUCUCCGACCUCUCCUGCCUCGGGCGCGCCCUGCUGUUGCGUUGGCCCCCUCCCCCUCUCCUCUGCCGGGGGAAGGAGAGAGACAAGGAAGAAAGUGUGUGUGGCACAGGGGCGGCGAGAGAGUUUGGCCUCGCCGGGCUCCGGUCGGACGAUCGAUUUUCUCCUCAGCGCAUGGCCAACCGGGCCAGCGUGCCCAAGUUCGGCACCUGGGACACCGACAAUGUGGGGUACACGGUGUACUUCGAGAAGGUGCGCGAGAACAAGGGCGCCACCGCGCCGCCGCUCCAGCGCCCCUUCAACCCCAACGACCCCGAGGAGGACGCGCCGCCGCGGCUGGUCACCCCAACUGCGUCCAACCGGCCGGUGAGCUCCAUUGGCGGCCACCUCGCGGGGCUGCAGCAGCAGCACCGCCGGGUCGGGAGCAACAGCAGCGUGGCGUCCGACCCGGGCGGCCACCGCGGCGGCCAUCAGAGCAAGUUCGCGCCGCCGCCGCAGUACCACCAGAGGCCGCAGCCAAGCGCUCAGCAACAGCCCUCGAACGGGCAGCAUGGCGGCGACCACGGCCACCACCAGCGCCCGGCCGGGCACCACAAGCCGCACGACGCGAGGCACCAGCAGCAGCAGCCUGGGACGCGGGCGCGGUCCGCCUCACCGUCGCCGCACCACGUCGCGCAGGGGGGACGGCAGAGGCCGGUGGCGGUGCCCAAGUUCGGCGUGUGGGACGAGCAGAGCGCGGCGGCGCAGGGGUUCACGGUGCAGUUCGAGAGGGUGAAGCGGGACCGGGAGGUGGCCCGCGGCGCGCCACCCGGCGUCCCGCGCCGCCGCAUGCCGUCGCCGGAGAGCUACGCGAACGCCAGGCGCUCCCAGACCCGGCACACCCCCUUCUACUCAAAGAUGUUCGGGUGCUUCCUGCCUCACACCAGAGACUGACUGACCCACACAUCUGAAGCUCUGAACGCAACCUUCAUCUUUAGUCAUGUGCAACUAUGAACAUCGGCCAGAGGCUGUACUGUACAUGGGCUUCUGGGUGUCAGUUCCGUUUCUUCUCUUCAGACUUCAGCUUCCAAGGGAUUGUUCACCGAUGCUGCUUGGACUAUUCAUUCUUCUCUGUAAAUCUCUCUUACAUUUGGGUUGGUUUUUGCAAGGUGGUUUGCGAGGCUCUUGUAAGAACGGUGGGUUGUGUGUAUAAUUAUGUGCAUAUUGGAUGCUCUAUGGUUUACCUGGGAAAUAUCCGCAUUAUCUUCGA